AUGAUUCUGGACGAGGUCACAGAUAAAGAUUCAGAGACUAUUAACGAAUCGUUCGAUGUUGCCGAUAUUGAUCCAAAUGAUUUAUUAUCAUUUUGUCUUGAGACAGAUGAUACAGAAGACAGAACUGAAGAGGAAUCGCCUGAAUUUACACCAAGCGAAUUUAAACUUCCUCAUCCUCCAGGAAGACAAAUACGAUGCAAAAAAGGUUGCACUCGUUGCACAGGAUGUGUUUGCAAGAAAGCCGGUCUAAAAUGCUCUACUGAAUGUGAAUGUGGCUCUGAAUGUAAAAAUUUACAAAAAGACAGUAAUCAUUUCCAAAAUGGAUGGGAUUUGAAUGGCAAAUUUUCAAAGGUGGAAAUUAAAGCACCUCAAAGAUCAGGACCGACUAACAUACCUGAAAACUUCACUCUUCUAAAAUCUGCCAAUCUUAUAUGGGAUGAAUCUAUAAUUGAACAUGUUUGGUGCAGAACAAACUGGAAAAAAGAAUACUGUGAAACAUUUGAGACAAAACUCAGCAAGCACAAGGAAUGGCAGGAAGCAAAAACAAAGCAUUACCUUGCUAAAAAAACAACAAAAAGGAAAUAUGUGCAAUAUGUGUUUUCUGAAAAUGAAAUUCCACCUCUGAUCGAAGAUGAAACCCCUUUCACUUUACCUGAGCCAAAAUUCGAAGACUUCGAUAGUUUUUAUCGACGAAACCAAAUGAAUCAAACACCCAAUCAUUUCAAAAAAGAAGAAAUACGAGGGUUUUUACAAGUAUGUCAAUUAAUGAGUAUUGCUCCAAUUCCAAAUUAUGCAAACUAUUGGACAGGAUCAGGUAUGGAUCAUGCACUAUAUGCAUGCAAGCUAAUCCAGAGAUUUAUGAGUAGAAGAAGGUUCCAAGAAAUUCAUACGUUUCUCAGUAGUGAACCACAAAUAAUUGAGGACAAAAUCAAUUCUAACAGUAGAAAAUAUUGGUUGUGCGUUAGAGAAGUUUCGGUUGAUGAAAUAAUUGCAGCAUUCAAGGGAAAAGUUCGGUUCAAGCAAUACAUUCCCUUAAAACCUCACAAGUAUGGGCUGAAAUACUAUGCGUUAUCAGAUUCAACAGGAUAUAUUUAUGCAUUUUGGUUGUAUCAAGGAAAAGAGUCCAGGUACACCCAUAACCCAACGUCUAUCGUUUUAGAUUGUCGCGCAUAUAUGCGUAAACAUUCUAUCAUAUGGUUCUCGAGAGUACUUGGGCCUGUGCAUUAA